AUGAUCAAGGCAUUUAUGACAAUCAAGCAUGGUCUGGAUGAGCUGGGGACACUGCAUUUGGAACUCUUUGAUGAUGUUGUACCGUUGACAGUGAAGAAUUUCGUGGCUCUGUUGAAAGGACAGGGCCGACUGACGUAUCGCCAUUCCAUCAGUCAUCGUCUCAUUCCUGGUUUCAUGGCACAGUUUGGAGAUUUUACACACGGCGAUGGAACGGGUGGAGAAAGCAUCUAUGGAGAAACGUUUGACGAUGAGAAUUUUAUUCUCAAGCACGAAACCAAGGGGACCUUGAGCAUGGCCAAUUCUGGCAAGAAUACCAAUGGAUCCCAGUUCUUUGUCACAUUCCGCAAGACACCACAUUUGGAUGGCAAGCAUGUAGUGUUCGGGCGUGUGGAUCUGAGGCAGAGCAGUCAACUGUUGAGAAAAUUAGAGCAAGUCAAGACUGAUUCGGGGGAUGCGCCUCUGAAACCUGUCAUUGUUGUGGACUGUGGUGUGACGGAACCAGAGGAAGCACCGAACCAAGACGAAACGGACACCCCACAAGAAGCUGCAGCACCGCUAGAAGACCAAGACGAUGUAGUGGAAGAGGAACCAGAGGAGGAGGAGGAGGAAGGAAAUCUGUCCAAAUCCCAAGCCAUCAAGAAUAGACUCCGGAAAUUGAAAAUGAAAAUGAACCAAGCACGCCAAUUGAAUCACAGAGCGCUCAAAGCAGAAGGAGAAUCCAUGAUAAACAAGGGAGGGGGGGCAUCCCAGCAGAAAAGGGGAAAGAAAUUAGAUCCAGAAGCGGCUAGUUUAGUGGAACCAGCAGCUUCGUCCAUGGCAAGUGCUGAACGAAGGGCUGAGAAAAAGCAGGCGGAACAGUACUCUUUCAGGGAUUAUGUCAAUAUUGAGGGACAGAAUAGGCACUACGAACGCAACGUCAAAAGCAUUCCACGACAACUCAAUGCAGCCGAAGAGACUGCUGCUAGCAGAACAGAGACAUAUGAUGCCAUGAUGGAUUCCACAAACCCAGAGAAAGAGCGAGAAGGUGCCCGUCGAUUAGCCACUGAGAUGCACCGAAGAAUUGAAAAGCAGAGCAAACGAAAGGAUCGUGAAGACUUUGAGGAAUCCGAUGUCACGUACAUUAGCAAAAGGAACAAGAGGUUCAAUGAGAAGAUCAGUCGCAACUACGAUCGUGCUACUGCAGAAAUCAAACAGAGCUUGGAACGGGGUACUGCGUUGUAA